AUGCAAGUACUUCAGUUACGAGAAACAACUUGGGGGCUGCUAACAGUUGAGUGUCCUUCUAAGAUUCAUAGUCACCCGGAGAUCAAAUGGGAAGAAGUCUACGCCCACGACAUACUAUGCAACUACUUCAGCAAGCAAGGAUUCGCAGUGGAACGAGGUGUAGGAGGACUUCCUACGGCUUUCAGAGCUUCCUUCGGCCCAGAAACUGGAGCAGACGGGCAGCCAAGUAGAGCAAUUGCAAUCAACCUCGAAUAUGAUGCUUUGCCCAUACCCGGACAUGCAUGUGGGCACAAUCUCAUCGCUACUGCCGGCCUCUCAGCUGCUUUGGGCCUCUCCGCCGCGAUCAAAGCAGGAAGUAUCCAGGGGCGAGUCGUGGCCAUUGGAACUCCGGCAGAAGAAGGUGGUGGAGGCAAGAUCAAGCUGAUCAAAGCGGAUUUGUACAAAGAUAUAUUCUGCUGCAUGAUGGUACACCCUAUGCAACAGGAUAAUGCAUACUUCACGAGCAUGUGCGGCUCGGAGCUGACCAUAAGGUACAUUGGAAAGCCAGCGCAUGCCAUGGCUGCUCCCUGGGAUGGCGUCAACGCGCUAGACGCAAUGACUUUGUUCCAUACCAGCAUUGGACUGUUGCGCCAGCAAAUAAUGCCCACGGAUCGCAUUCGUGGUGUCCAUGCUUUGUUCUUGAUCACAACUAAUAGCAGUAGUGUGACGGUCUGGCUCCUCGAUGUAGCCCGUGCCUUCGACGCGGCGUUCACUGCGAGCCGCAUUCUCGACGUGCGAAAGAUUUCCACCGGAGAACAAGUUGCUCCUAGACCCUCGGCGCCAUUGAUAGAGCCAAGUCCGGUAGGCAUGACUUACACGCCAGACCCAGGAAUCCACGAGAGGCAGCAGCUGUCUUUAAAAGACCCAGGUGAUGGUGUCGAGAAAGAGGUCAGCGAUAUCGCAGCAAAUGUAGCAGUACUCUCGUUGAGUGCAACUGGGGAGAUGCGGUUUAUGGGUGGCCCCAGUGGUGUCUUAUUUUCCCGGUUAAUUGCAUCCACGGUCAAGGAGUAUUGGUGUGACAAGGACAUUGAGCGGAGAAAUAUCACCAGACUACUCAGGUAUCUCGACAAUGAAGCAGGUAAUGCCUAUAGUGAUGAAAGCAACGGUCCGGAUUCCAGAGGUAACCAAGAACUUCCGCAAUUCAGCACUGCAAAGAAGUAUCUGACAACCUACCUGCAAUGGCUUUGUAUCGACAUGGGCCUCCACCGGCAUAAUCCAGAUUGGAGUUUCACUGUGGACGAAUGGGAUAUUCGACGGCGUCUCUUCUGGGUCACAUAUGCUUUAGACCGAACCGUCUGCUUUAACCUAGGUCGACCGCUCACGCUCUCUGAUGAUCACAUUGACGCUCUCUUCCCCAGCCCUGAACGCCAUGGCCAUGCAGACGAACCCAACAUUGCCUUAGCCUUACACCAUAUUCAACUUCGGAGCAUUCAGACCAGAAUUAUCAGCGAAGUUUACACAGUGAGCAAAUCAAAGACUACGAUAGAUUAUCACCAACGGGUUCAGAUUCUAGACGCGAUCCAGAAAGAACUUGAUGAUUGGAGAAACCGACUAGAUUCAAUCUACUCUUCGCAUCAAACUCCCCAUUCCUUCCAAUGGUACAAACGUCUCUACCAUACAACCACUGCUUCUUUACACCGCGCAACUCCACUCUUCCCUCGACCUUCAGAAGAAUCUAUAAAACGGUGCUACAAUGCCUCCACCAGAGCAGUUCGGAUUUAUCAUUCGCUGCUCCGAUCCCACGAAAUGGAGUACUCGUGGAUGUUUAUCUCCGGCUGUUACCUGGCCGGGAUUACCAUGUUUUACACACUCUGGUCCAGCGGAUGUCUUCCCAAAACUGUUCGACUGGACGAGGUAACUGAAUCAUGCCGCAUGUGUUCCAAUGUGUUGGCUGUCCUGUCUGUACAGUGGAGAGCGUCGCCCGAGUUCAUAGAUACGUAUGAGGCCUUGGCUAAUAUCACAACUAAAAGACUCGUGAAGGAACUGCAGCAGCGGUGUAUUAGUGAUGCGGCAUAUGGUAGCAAUGACAUGAGUCUGACACAAGAUACGGAUAUUUCUCCUGAAUCGGGGUUGUUGUUGGACUCUUUGAGUUGGCCGCAGGAUUUUAAUUUCAGUACUGCGUUGACCAAUCCAGAUUGUAUUACUGAGGUCUUUGGUGACCUUUUGAGAGAGCAAGAAGACCCAUGGUACAUAUAG